CAAACCGGUAAACAUAAUACUGACUGAUUGAUCCAAAUGAAUGAAUGAAUGGAUGAAUGAUUCCUUCUAAGCAAUACAUAAAGGAUAAAUUAUGUAAAUAUGCAUCUAGUGAGAUUAUAGAUCCUUUAUGUCUUGGCAAUGCAAAAUGAAUAAAUGCUCGGAUUAAUAUCACUAUUUGCAACAGAUUGUUAUUUCUUUAUAUACAUACGCAUUUUGAAUUACAAGACAUACAGAUUCUAGCGUUUCAUAAUAAGUGGAAGCUGUCAGACGUGAAGGUAAAACAACAUCAAUGUCUCAUUCACAACCAAAUUAUACACUGGAACAAUACUUGUCUUCAACUCCUUCAGAAGUGACCACUGCAUCCCUAAAGUCAUCAAAUCUUGAUUCUUUGUCUUCAGACCAAAUGUUCAACAGACGAACAAAUGCAUUGAACUCCUGUAAACAGUCUAUUCUCAAAGGAGGACUUAAAGAUACGAAAUCAAUUGAUGGAUGGCCUUUAUCAUCAAAUCAACAAGAUGCAAUCAAAUCUUUAAUAAAAGGGAAUCCGUCAAAUCUGUCUUCAAGACAACAACUGAGGCGAUCGAAUACAGUCGGUCCAACUGAUGUAACAAAGACUGAAGAUGGGAAAUUGUUAUUAAAUAAUUUGUUUAACAAAUCUUUUAGAAAUCGGCCAGUCGAUGAAGUCAUACAGAAUGCAAGACAACUAAGUAGACCUUCAGUUUCAACUGGUUUGUUGACAUUUACAGGUGGCCAAAGUUCAGCGAACGACAACAUCAAUGUAACACAACUUAAUAAAAGAUUUGGUCAACAGAGGUAUCUUUAUCGAGCACAAAGUGAACACCAUUUUCGUGGUAGUAAUACUUCAUGUGCUAACACUAAUACCACCACUACUACUACAACUGCUAAUAAUAAUAAUGGUCACUCACAACAGCCGCGUCUCUUUAGUCAAGAACGGAACGAUGUCCCUUCAACAUUUCGAUCGAUAUUUUCCCAACGUGGAUAUAACUUCGGUAAAUCAUUGUGGCAACAAAAUUUUUCUCUGGAUGAAGGCGAACAAAAAGCAACAUUAGGUGGUUCAAAUGGGCGGCAGAUGUCUACAGCAUCAACAUUAUUAAGAAGAAAUCGUCUUAAGAAAGAAACAACAGUUGACAAUAAUUUACUCUUAGAUCAUAGAGCAUUUUCAUUGUCUGAAAAUACUAAUCACAACCGGUUUGUAAAUGGACAUUGUCUUGGACGUUCAAUGUCAUCAGUGUCAACUUCACUGGCUUCAACAUCUGCCGCCGCAGUAAGUUUGUCUCAGUUACAUUUAACAUCAGCUGAGUUGACAACGCAAACGACAAUAACAGCAACUCCAUCAAACGGUUGCAAUUCUAAUGAGCUAAGAAGUGAGAAAUUUGUUGAAGAUUUUCUCAAGAAACCAGUUUUAUCACAGACACUGAAAAGAAACUUAUCCGACCAAAAUGAACCCAUCCACCUAUCAAACAGUUUCUCAGGUCAAACUUUGGUACAAUGGUUUUGUAGGCAGAUAAUCCAAUCUGGAUGUCCUUGGAGUUAUAGUUUAAUAUCUGUCGUGUGUCAGUUUUGUAACUGUUUACUGAGGCUCGGUGUACUCAGGCGUGACUCAAAAUCUAAACCGAUCAAUUCAACAUCAUCUUCCGUAACAUCCGGUAAACCAUUUCCUGUUUUCAGUCGUGAUUCAGAACGAAAUAUUUCAGAACCAGCGGAAGAGAAUUCAGUCAGUGAUCCUGUAGAAACAUUUGAGCUUAAUAUGGAGUAUACAUGGACUGCGUUUAGUGAGACAAGCGUUACGGCAAAGGAUGACGGUGAGCAAUAUGACGUAUCACAUCAAAUGGAACAACAGCAACAACAACAUCAACAACAAAGUCAACAGACCGGUGAAUACAAAACAUUUCAAAUAGCUCUUCACAACCACUUGGUCAAUCUUCACAAAGAAUUCGAGUAUGAGCUUGACAGACUGACAAGGGAACAUGAACUACAGUUAUUUAAGGUAAAAAAUCAAGGUGUUAUGAAAGUAUGCCAACUAACGGACAGAAUUGAAGCAUUAGAAAAUCAGGUUGAAAAGUAUCGCAUACUUGCUGGUAUUGAACACUUAACUAAGUCUUCAAUGCUUGAAGAAUCAUCUCAAGUAAACCUGAACAAUCAUGUUCACAGCCAUUAUUCACCAAUGUUUACCAGUAAUUAUUCAAAAGAUCGACUAUCCAAAGUAAAAUUCAGUUUACCAGAUGAAAUUUUGAUAAAUUAUCCACCAAGAAAUGUAAGAGCUUCAAGUGAGAUAUCUGAUGUUAGUCAUUCACUUCAGCGUAAUUUGCACUUCAUUACAGGCACAUAUGGUAGACCUGAUUAUAUGCACUUGAGCAGAACACUGUCAAAUGAAGAUCAACAGCUUAAUAAACCCUUAUCACCUGAUUAUCGUUAUUUACUGCAACAGAAGCAACAGGAGCAAAACCAACCGGACCAUACCCAGUCUGAGGCAGCAGACAUGCAUCGAAUCAAUGAAAUGUCUGUAUUAAAAAAUCUUAUACAAAAGAAAAGCAAUUCAUUCAUAGUACAAGAUAAGGAUCUAUCGAAUAAAUUAAAUCGUACAAAUUUAGGUACAUAUUUAUCUGACAAUCGUUUGACCAAUGAAGACACCAGAGUGCAGAAUAAUGAUAAUUCACGCCCAUUAGAAGAUCGAAAUGGAUGUGCCAAUGAAGAUAACAGUCAUUCUUAUCAAAAGUUUGACAGAACAAAUCCAAGGAAUUUAAAUGUCAGAUAUGCAUCUGCACCUCCUAUUUCAAAAACCAGUUUAAGUCAGACAACAUCCACUACUAGCAGUCAACCUAUACUUGGUAUACAAGCAAAAUAUGAUACUGGUAAAUGUACACUAAAGAAAAUGUCUAAAGAUGGUGAAGAACGCAUAAAAGGUGUAAAAGAGAUCAAGAGAAAUGAUAAAAACAGAGGAUUAACAUGAUAAGACUAUUAAUAAAUGUAUGAGCGGUCAAAUAGAUGCAUUUAUUCUCUUGCUACAACCACACCGUCACCUAUCGAGGAAAACAAGUCAGCGGUUAACCAACUCAACCUUAAUACAAAGAACUAACCAAUUGAUUCGAAUAUUUAUUCGUUAUUUCUCUAUUCACUACCAUCAUGUUCUAUUCUUCAAUAAAUUCUUUGAAAGCUGUACAGUUACGUUAUAUUCGUGAACACUGAACUUCACUGACGAUUAAAGAUUACGUGUUAAUUAUUUUGUGACAUAUGCUUCACUUCACUUCACUUUUUUAAUCUUUAUCUAAUGAGUGAUUAUAAUUAUGUAUAACAAAAUUUGAGAAGUGAAAUAAAAAGGCAAAGACAGAAAUGUGUUGUCUGAACUGAUCAAGAAGAGUUUUUUUUUAAGGAUAUUAUGUAUGAUUUUAGAAUCUUAUUUUUAUGGUUGACUUAAAAUCAACGCAUUCGCUUUCGAAUACACUUUAUGAAUAUAUAUAUGUUCAGCAAUAGAAAAG